GUCAUGGAACAACGGGAGAUUCAUAGAGGAUCUCAAUGUUCAGACUCGACAUCUAACAUUGUAUCAGCGUAGCGAGCAACGAGGGAUUAUAGGGCACAGGCUACACAGCCAGUCUCUGGGAGCAUCCGAUCCCCGCACGUAACGCGGAUAUUCCUUGGAGUAGUCGACUCAGGCAAGGAGAGGACCGCGCCGCCUUCGCCGCCAAUUGAAGGCUGAUUUGGUUCGGUCAUCUGCGUCGCGAGAUCCCAUCGCUUCGAUAUAGCUCCAAGUCAAGCACUACCUUGAAAUCUUCCCUGUACCCCAUCCGGCUGAUUCGUCAUGGUCGGUCUCCCGAAGAGCAAGGCAGACUUUGUCCCUAAGAAACAUCAUGGUUUCCAAUUCUUCAUCUUUCUAUGCGGUCUGCUCCUGCCACCUAUCGCCGUGGCGGUGCGUUUCGGGGUUAUGACGCAUGAUUUCUGGAUCAAUGUAUUCCUUUGCAUCUGUGGAUACUUUCCAUGCCAUUUCCACAACUUCUACAUCCAAAACAUCCGAAACAACACCAACCGAGCGCGAACACCUAAAUGGGCACUCAAAGCUGGUCUGAUCAACACAGCGGAUCGAGAACGUCGUGCCAAGAAGAACCAAUGGGCCAAACGAUUCGACGAGCGGAAUAAUCAGUCAACUCACGUCGGUCAAGCAUUGGAAGAGGGGGAAGUGGGGGACAACUAUGUCCCCGUGUCCGACGCUGAGAGAGAACGGGCUGAGAGGAGGCCUCACGAAGGAUUGUGGGACGAUCGUGGAGACACAGAGUAUUACAAUGAGGAACCCGCCCCUAAUCAACAGCACUGGAGCUACCCUAUGAACUUUAGUGGUGCGGUCGCUGAAGGCGGAUCAAAGAACCGAAAAGAUCUGGCUAGAACGACAUCGAACGGCGAUCGAUGGGAGAGAUCGCGAGCCACUCGAACCGCUUCAAGAGACUCUGAGACGGAGUAUUAUCCUACAACCGGUCGACAAGAUGACGAAGUUCCCGAGUGGGGCAGAGAUUAUGGCUCGAGAAAGGCGAGCAAGAAAGACAAAAAGGGAGGUGCCACUGCUGGCAAAGGCGGAUGGGCCUCAAAUGGCGGCUAUGUCGAUGAUGUGGCGAAUCAGGACGGCUGGGGUUCAAGCAAUGGCAAUGGAUCGAGCUAUGGAAACGGAGGAUCUGCUCAACCUGCCGCCGCUGCGAAGAAGACUUCGAGACCUGACGAUGUGUUCAAUCACGAGUUCUGAGCUGGAUCUGGAGGGACUGUGCUGAGGCUUGGAUGCAGCGUGAUUCGUGCGCAGAGAGAAACAGGAGAAUUUCGCCGAAAGAUGAGAGAAAGAGGGAGAGAGAGUUGCGGUGGUGAAUGAUUCUGAGAAAUCUAGUCAGUGUAUACUGUGUCUUUUUGUUUUUUUGGCUCUGCUGUGGAUCUGCUCUUAUGUGGAUCUGCUCCUAUGUGGAUCCAUGGUCUGGUGAUAGAUAUAUCCAGUGUGUGUGCAGAGCGUGUCUGUGUAUCUGUCUGUCCGUCUGUCCAUCGUUCUACCAUAGCAGUAAUCAUCAGCCGCCUUUACGCCUUUACAAUAUGACAUUCAUCUC